UGAAGUAAAAGCUGGAAUUCUGAACUUUUGCCUCAUAUUCAUCUUUUGAUCGAAACCCAAAUGUCUACAACAAAAACAAAGGAAUUGAUCUUGCCGUUCCAAUACUUUUGGAGAGGACUAUGUAUAAUUUUGAUAAUUACUGCCUACAGCGAACAAAAACCCAAAUUCACCAUCUCUAGAAACUACGUAACAAACAAGAUACAAUGAAAAUUAUUUUAAAAGUAGAAAUUAGGUAGGAAUUUGUCCUCGAAGUAUUUAUUGAACCUAUAUAAUGCAUAAGUACUGAAAUAAAUGAACUUUUCUACCAUAUUCUAAUUUAUUGAGAUGUACCUGUACAUUGUUUGCUCUUUUUACAGGUUGUUUGUCCAUAAAAUUGUUAGUCAUUUGCUCUUUUGUAUCAAAGACAAAUUCUCUAUAGAAACUUUGUUUCACUUGAUUCAUUUACUUUGAGAUAUUGCACAUUUAGUAUUUAAACUUCAUAGGUGCCAAUAGUGGUGAACAGGACUGGAUAGGCAUUAUUUCACACAGUCUCAAUCUUACUGCAAUGGAUUGUAGGCAUACCCUGCUGCAGCGAUAUUUCUUCUCUCUCUCGCUUCGUGGAUGUCACAUCAUUUGACUCACAGCACUUCGGGUUAUGUGGUGCGUGUGUCAAAAUAAAAGCAUAAGUUUCAAAAUAAGAGUCUGUAUGUAAAAAUGAAGUAAAACCUUCCUGACAAGCAGAACAAUUCCCACGGGCCAUACAAUUUUUUUGCAUCCCAAACAAUGAUCAUGGCAGUUGUGGCUGAAAUCUUUGUCGGUCUACUUGACUGUGAGACUUGUUUUCCACUGAAUUUGUGUUUGAACACAUUUUCAAGUCCUGAUAUCUUUGUCCAUUUACUGUUCACCUACCUUCUGCCCCAGAUCCUUUGAUAGUUAUUUUGCCAUCCCCUUGCUCAGAAUCCAGCAGUGCAGUCACUACUGUAGUAUGUCAGUGCAGUCCUGGAUGAAAUGUAGAGGGUUUUGUCAAGACCCCAGAAACAGUGACCUCACACACACGGGAGCAUGGUUACCUUAUAGUCGCCAUUUAAACCAGUGUGUGUUAACUUGUGUGUAUCUUAUCAGGUCAAAGCCUCCAUGGUAUAUAAACAUUAUGUAUAUUUAUCUCUUACCAAGGUCAUUUGGCUAGUUUGUGUUGUCCAUAUUAAAAAAUAAAUAAAUAAAUAAAAGUUUCACCACUAACAUGUUGAAUGAAUUUGUUUAUCAUAUCUCAUCCCAAAAUUACUUCAUUCUCUCAAAAUGGGCCCAAGAAUUCUGCCAGUGUGUGCAACUUUUAGUACAUUGUCCUUUGAAAGAGAGGCAUUUAACGAACAUGUCUGUGGGAGGGGAAAGGAUAUAGCCUCGCAAUUAUAUCAGUAUUUUUAAGAAAAAAAGAAAUAUUUAUCACUAUCCAGAAUAAAAUGGCAUUUAAGGCUUAUUGCGUUUACAGGCUUCAAUUGUGGAAAGUGCAAACAAAAUAUUAUUUUGCUGCACGUCACCAACAACUUGUUUACCCUGCAUGCUUCUAUAGCAUGCUUGUGAUCUCCAUUCUUUACCAUGGAGCCAUUCAUACUGUAGAUGCCGUUCUAUAUUUUCAACUGUUCAAUCAUGGCUUUAUAAAGCCAGGAAAAACACAUAAUCUGCAAAAAGCAGAGAUAUAAAACUGCGGUCACCAAACCGGACCCUCUCAAUGCCUUGACUGUGCCUAGAAAUUCUGUCCAUAAAGGUUAUGAACAGAAUCUUUGACAGAUGGCAGCCUUGGUGGAGUCCAGCCCUCACUUCAAACAAAUCCGACAUAAUGCCGGCAAUGCGGACCAAACUGACACUGGUCAUACAGAGACCGAACAGCCUGUAUCAGGAUGGUCCGGUACCCCAUAGGACUCUCCGAUGGACACGGUCGAAUGCCUCCAAAGCACAUGUAGACUGGUUGGGUGAACUCAAAUCCACCCUCCAGGACCCUGCUGAGGUUGUAGGGAAGGUUGACUGUUCGCAAACCACACUGCUCCUUACUAGGAACGCUGAGGAGUGUGAUUCCCCCUGUAGUUGCACCCUCCGGUCCAUCUUAAAAAGGAUGAUGAUUGACCUGCUUUUUGCCAGACUGGCAUUACAAUCCAUUCCAGACAACCUAGACCUCCGGGGAGAUUCCAUCCUAAGAAAUUUAGACAUUCGUUGCAUUCGAAGUCUUAAUGGUUGUCGGGUGACUGAUGAAAUACUGUACCUAGUGCCAAACAAAGAAAACUUCAGGCUGACCUUGAGAGCCAUCAAACUUUGGGCAAAACGUCGCGGCAUCUACUCCAACAUGCUGGGCUUUCUGGGUGGAGUGUCAUGGGCCAUGCUUGUAGCAAGGACUUGCCAGCUCUACCCUAAUGCUGUUGCUGCCACCCUCGUCCACAAGUUCUUCUUGGUUUUCUCCAAAUGGGAGUGGCCAAACCCUGUGCUUUUGAAACAGCCUGAGGACAGUAAUCUAAAUCUACCUGUAUGGGAUCCUAGAGUGAACCCAUCUGAUAGAUAUCACCUGAUGCCCAUCAUCACGCCUGCCUACCCCCAGCAAAACUCCACAUACAAUGUCUCCACUUCAACACGCACCAUUAUGAGCGAGGAGUUUAAAUUUGGCCUGAGCGUCACAGAUGAGAUCCUUCAGGGAAAAGCUGAAUGGCCAAAGCUGUUUGAGCCGCCCAAUUUCUUCCAGAAAUACAAACAUUACAUUGUCCUGACAGCCAGUGCGUCCACGGAAGAAAAUCAUUUAGAAUGGAUUGGACUUGUUGAGUCAAAGAUUCGAGUUUUGGUGGGAAACCUGGAGAGGAAUGAGUAUAUUACCCUGGCACAUGUCAAUCCGCAGUCCUUCCCCGGGUCCAAAGAGAACCGCAAUGAGAAUGACUUUGUGUCCAUGUGGUUCAUUGGGAUAAUUUUCAAGAAGGUGGAGAAUGCGGAGAGUGUGAACAUUGAUCUAACAUACGAUAUCCAGUCAUUCACAGACACUGUGUACAGACAAGCUAACAACAUCAACAUGCUGAAGGAUGGGAUGAAGAUUGAAGCGACCCAUGUGAAGAAAAAGCAGCUCCAUCAGUACCUUCCUGCUGAAUUAGUACAGAAGAAGAAGAGGAGCAUAGCGGAGUUGAAUCGCAGCUCCAAUGGAGGGAGCUCGAAGAGGAUCUCUCUGGAUAGUAGUCACCUGGACAGUUCAAGAGACACCGACUCAGGGACUCCCUUCAGCUCUCCCACCAGCAAACCCUCCAAGCCUACAUCUGACACAGAUGACGGUGUCAGCCCUCCCAAGCAGCUUUCUGUUGAAGUUUCUCCUGCACCCAGCUCAGCAGCAGCUGCUAAAGACCAGGCCAUGUCCAUCCCGGCUGUUGGUUCUAGCAGUAGCUCUGUCUCCACAACACUAAGUGGGAAUGUGAUGCCCAGUGCUGCAAGCAGCCCCAAACAGGAGCCAGAGAACCUCGAGGAUUCUGUCAAUGGUGCAGCCAAGAGACCGCACUCGCCUGUGCAGGAAGACAAUGCCAAGAGGCAUAAAGACACAGAGCAGGAUGCACCCAAUGCUGAGUCUACAUUCAAGGAACCAUUUCCACCAUCGUCAGACACUCCUCGAGAAAAACCAAAUAUGACUCCUGUCUCAGAAUCAAAGGCUAAGCCAAUUCCAACGAUUGAUACGCCAAGAACACAGAGGCUUCCCAGCAUGGAGCUGCCCGACGCCUCCUCACCGCUGCCAGCCAGCAACAGCUGCCGUGUCGUAAAAAAUUCCAUCAAACUUGCCCUCAACCGCCACAACAUCACACCUCCCAAGCCCCCAGUGUUUGAGGCCGCCAUAACCCCUGAGGUGCCUCCUGCCAGUCAAGAAAGGGGCAUGUUCAUUCCUGUUAUCGGUUCCAAACAUGUCUCAUCCAAACACACGACCCACUCCGUUGGCAGCUCUAUCCCGACGUUGGUGAGCCGAGGAGCAGACCCUCUGAAUGGAGCAGCCUCCAAGAGAGCCCAUUCUCCCUCCCUGGAGGAGCAGGCCAAGAGACUGAAAGAAACCGAGAAGGCCAGAAUCCACAUAGCGUGAACUCCGGAAUAGCGUCUGGAUUCAGGAACGCACAGAGGUGUGGGGGCUUUGUUGUCGGGCCCAACACACAGGUUGACUUCACGCGUUCAGAUCAGCCAGUUUUGGCUGUCACGUUGAAGGACAGGCACCUCACCUCCAGAUCUCCAGUGGUUACAGAAAAAACAGUGAAUAGGUGAUUUGGUCAAACCUGAAGUUGUCAGCACUCUGCAGCCAGAGUGCUUUUUACACAACACUCAACUGAGAUCUCAGACAGGAGCAGGAAUUUUUUUUUUUUUUUUUUUUUUUUUUUUUUUUUUAUAUACACGAACCUCCCCCUUUUCCUUCUCUUCAAUGUUUUUGUUAUGUUUUAAAACAAAAAUACCCCAAUCAUUUGUCGACCUUAUCUACACACAACUGAGAUAGGCUGAUAUCCGUCGUCCGAAAGAGAAAAGUCUACAGUAAUUGUUUAUGUACAUAACGUCUUUGUCUUAAGAAAAAAGCUCAGCUCACUGUCAAGUUGCUUCUAUCAUAGUUUUACCUAAAAAUUGAAAAAAUGUUAAAAAAAAAUUUUUUUUUCCUGGUGGUUUGCUCAAAAGUUGUUUGCGACCCUAAUGAUUUUUUGUUUUGUUUUUUGAAACAAAAACUGCUGUUUAGAUAAAGCAGCAUUGAUUUAUUGAAGGUUUGCUUGGAUUUGACAGAAAUCCCAACCAUAGUUUUUUUGGACCAGAAGACCCACAGAAAAGGAUUCCAGGUUUGUAUCAGUCUUUUAAGUGUGCAAUUGUUGUUUCCCAAAAACAGACCCAGCAGCGCUUUAUAAGUGGUUGUCACAGAUAAUAGUCGGGGAAAUGAGGCUUUCUGAAGUGAUGAAAUUGUUCUGCCAUAGGAGUUUUGGAGGAGGAGAUUUGCCACAGACUGAACAAAAAUAUGGGUUACUUUUUUAUGGUUUGUGUCAAUCUGAGGGUACAAACCAUCUGUGUUGCUCCUAAAGCUGCACUGCAGUUUCCAUCCUAGCCAUUUGGGCUUUAGGAGGGUGACACAGUCUCCGACUUCUUCAUAGCGCCCCCGUUUGGGGCUACCUGUUGACUUCCCUGCCAGUGAAGCAAAGGUUUGUGGUGCUUGGUGAAAACUGGUUCAAAGCUUUGCAAAUUGUUGUGCUAGUUUGUGUGUAUGCAUGCGUGUGGUCGAGUGUGUGUGUGUGUGUGUGUGUGUGCGUGUGCGUGUGUGUGUGCGCGUGCGCGUGUGUGUGUGUGUGUGCGCGCGCAUGCAUGCAUAUAUGGUUGUUUUGGAGAGAGACAAAAUUCCCUUUGUUUUGGGUAUUAACCCUAUGCGCCUCCUGUGGAGGUUCUUAAAAGGCAUCUCCUGGGGCCACAGGGAGGGCAUCAGGAGACUUUUUUUUUUUUUUUUUUUUUUCCUCCCCCCCCUGUCCAAAACCCCAUCCCUCCAUCACAAUUCAUCUGACGCUAGGUGGAUUUCAGCACUAAAGGUGAUGUGAACAACAUGUAUUGCUGCAUUUGUAACCAACAAGGAGCCUUCUUCCUCAGAGCAGGUACUGUUUUGACACAGGCUCUUUUUCCAGCUUCAAAUUCCCAUUCCCCAAAAUGUACAGAUGUUUUUUUUUUUUUUUUUUUUUUUUUUUUCUUCCAACGAAAUAUCAUAUGCUUCAUUAAUGGGGGUUUUCUUAUCAAUUAAUUUAUAUUUGCAUAUUUGUACCAUUUGAUCUUUUUUUUUUAAAAUAGCAUUCAUAAUGGGUAGGUAUUUUUUGAACAAAAAACUGCACCACUCUGUUUUAGGCAACGUUGUUGUUGAGAAACAUUUAACAAAGGUCAUUUAGAUGUUUGUUUCUAAAAUGUAUUGAAAGGGUAUUUUUGUAUGUGUUAUCACUUCAUGUAAAUGAAUCUGUACAACCAUUAAACCCCUGAAAACAA